GAACAUCAUACUGCUCACAAAUCAAGGUUCACAGAUUAUUGAAUCAGCUAGAAUGAGAGCACUAAAGAGGUUUACCUCUAGCCAAUAACACGCGCCUUUUAGCAGUUCGAUUUAAAAUGUAAAACGCGCGAGGAAUUAUUUUUUGUGUUUCAUAAAAAUGGAAGACGUGGAAGGUGGUUCACAUGGGGCAAGUGGAAAUCAAUUUUCCAUCUGUUUGCUAAUAAGGACUAUUUAUCAUGUUAUUUAUUUUCUCGGGGACAAUGCGGUGGCAUGCUGGGCUCUUAUGAUUUGGUACAAUGUAAAUGUUCAAGACCUUGACAACUCUGCGAUAUACAACCUUAAAUAUUUUGGACCUGCAUUCUUUACAAAUUGGAAUUUUUCAUUUCAAACAAUAUUCCUCGGACUAUCCCUGCUCUAUGAUUUUCUGGAGUGGGCCGGCAAACACAAUGGUAACCUGGGAACGAAGAUUCGCUACUGGCGUGAUGUCCUGUUCUGUGGGUGUGUGCUGCCUUUCACAUUGUUCGUCUCAUCAAUGUUCUGGACAGUCUACGCCAUUGACCGUGAGCUGGUCUUUCCGAAGAUCUACGAUGAUGUGAUACCCUGGUGGUUCAACCACUGCGUCCACACUAAUAUCCUGGUGGUGCUCGCGUUAGAGACGCUUCUGCAGCCCAGAAGACAACCCACUGAUGAGAAAGUGGAAGUCACAAUAUAUUGGAGCGUGGCUCUUAUGUACGCUGUUGUAUACUACACAAUAUACUUUGCAACUCAUCGGUGGUUGUACCAAGUAUUCGGUGUGAUGACAUGGUGGCAGGUCUGUCUUUACCAGCUUUGGAUAUGGGGCUCAUCAUUCGUCUUCUACAAACUGCAAUUCCCAGUCAAUAGACUCAUUCAUGGGGAUGAGAGUCAAGAGACACCGGAAGCUAAUGGAGAGGCGAAAACAGGUGAACAAGUAAUGAGUCCAAAAGAACAAAGUGGAAAAGUGAUAACAGAUUUGAAGACUCCACCGUUCUCCACGAGAUCUUGGAGUGUGAAGUUUAAGAAUUUAAGGAGCCAAUUUGAGAGUUCACGACUAUGAUAUUGGAAUAUUCAUACGGUGUUUAUGGCAAGAUCGUAAACCUAAACUUAAUCGCGGAAAACUCCGCUGCACGAAAACUUGACGUUGUAAACGUGUUUUAAAAUCAAAGCGCUUUAUUACCAACUUAUUUAGACCUUAUUAUGAAUAAAGUAAAAUUUUGCUACAAACCCCAGCUUUUAACGUGUCGCUUCAGUGAUCAACGUAAUUGCUAUGGCAGUUCUAUAAUGUUACAUUGAAUGGCAAUUGAAAUAAAGAAAAGAGCGUUUCAAUUUUUAACAUAUCUCUGCCAUUGUAUGUCCAUGGAUGGCGGCAACACUAAACAUCGAGUGAGCAUCUUGUUCAAUAAAUAAUACAUACAGAAAUUGUGCAGAAAAUUUAAGAAACAUAAUCAGUGUAGGUAAUUGCACUCUUUAGACUACUCUUUCCACGUUUUCCACCAAAUUGCAUUUAUGCUGUAUU